GAAGAAGAAGCAGCGACCGAACCGCAGAGCUGCUGUUGUUGUUGUUGUCGUCGUUGUCGUCCUCCUCGUUCUCACUGACGGACAGUUUCAGACUCACCUGUCGGACAGGUGCGACCAGAACCCGACGGGGUCAUGUGAUGCUUCCCUUCCUGUCUGCAGAUAGACUCCGCCUCCUGCAGCGUCAUGGCUCUCAUCUCUUUGGAAGACCUCGAGGGAUUGGACGAUGAGCAGCUGGACGAUGACAUCACUGACAACCCUGAACCAAUGGAUGAAGAGGAGAGAGACCGACUGCUGACACACUGGCAGGCUGUCGCCAGUACGCACCAGGUGUCGGUUCCUGCAGAAAUGACUGGACCCAUACAGGAAAUGACACGCAACAGUACGCAGAGGGAGCCCCUCCCCUUCGCCAACAUCUCACGUCACGAGAAGAUGGGGGAGGUUCUGUUCGAGGAGCGGGUCUAUCCGGCUGGUUACUGGGCCUGUGUGACCAGAGGAGAACUCCUGUAUGAACAGAGCAUCUCCAUGGGCUUCAUGAAACUGAUGCGCUUCAUCUGCAAAGAGAACUCUGCAGGUCGGUUUCUGGGAAUGACAGUUCCGGUCAUCAGCAACAUCCACAUGAUGGAGGACGGAAACACGUUUGAGAAGGACGUGGAGACGGCGUUCUACCUUCCUGCUGAGUUCCAGAACAACCCGCCCCAGACCUUCGACUCCGAUAUCACCAUCGUCUACAGGGAGCCAAUCAGAGUCGUCGCCAGGACGUUCUUCGGGACGACCAAUGAGGAGACGGUGAGCCGUCAGAUCCGCCUGCUGUGGGAGAUCCUUGGUCUCCGUGACGAUCUGCGCAGUGACCGCUACGUUGUCGCUGCUUACGAGAACCCCGGCGUGCCGCGACGCCGGAACGAGAUCUGGUUCAUCCGACGCGACCUGUAGACUCCUCCCAUCAUGCUCUGCUGCACCGCCUCCGCCUCUGAUUAGCUUGUUGGUUCUGUCCACUCUCAUGCUUCCCACAGCUUUGACCAAUCGGAUCAGGUUUAUGUUUGUUAGCAAGUGACACUAAACCCCACCCCCUCCCAUUGGCUGAUUAGCUGUGAUGUGUGACAGAGGGACGUCCUGAUUGGUUAGGUUUCAUGAUUAAUCUGAUCAGUCAGUCUGAGCUGUUCCCUGUUUCCACGCUUUAUGCUAAGCUAACAGCUAACUGUACAGUGAUUAACUCUGCACACGUCAUGUUGCUGUGAGGAUGAAAAACUGGCUGUACAGCAGCUCAACAUUUAUUUACCAACGUUUCCUGUUGGAUCUUCAAUGGCAGGAGGCUCAUUUAAGAAACAUACUGAAGGCCCCGCCCAUGUCUAUGGGCCAAUUACUGGAGGCCCCGCCCAUAUACACGACACAUACUGAAGGCCCUGCCCAUUUGUUAUGACACUCGAGGCUCCGCCCAUUUAUCCGUGACAAAUACUGGCGGCUCCGCCUAUUUACACAACAAGCAGCUGAUCCAACAGAAACUCUGUGAAUAAAUGUUGAACUGCUCCUUUAAAUGAGUUUGCUGGUGGUGCAAAACACUUAGUUUUAUUAUCAGCAUGUUUUUGAAUACGAUGGCUGAUCAGAAAGUUCAGAGACUGCGUUUAUACAGAAAUGAAACGCUGAUAUUAGGCCUCCGUCGCUGCUGAAGUGCGUCUGUGCAGAGCUGCUCUGCUCCCUGAGCUCCUGCAACACUUUAACCAAGUCCUGUUCUAACAUGUCGGCUCCGAACAGAAACACCUCUACUGGAAAUUAGUAUUGCAGAAGACGUGACAGGGAGACAGAACUGGAGCCUGUGGGUCCACAGGCAGCACUGAGCAUGUGCACACUUUAUAGACCUACUGCACAUGUGCAGAAGAGAUGGAUGGUCUUUGUUUCAGACUCCACACCUGUCUCGAGCUUUAAGUCUUUGUGAAAUCAUCCUGUCAGAAUUCCCCAACCAAUAGGAAGCCAGCGAUGAGGCUGACCAA